AUGGCAAAUAAAAAAGCAGAAGGCCUUAAAAUGAAGCGUGUGAUUGGACUGGAUGGAGGCAUAGCUCUUGUCUCUGGAACCAUGAUCGGUUCUGGGAUUUUCAUGUCCCCACAGUUUGUUUUGGCCUACGUUGGAAGCCCUGGAGCGAGUCUGGUGAUCUGGGCCCUCUGUGGAGCAGUGGUUCUGCUUGCUGCGCUCUCCUACACUGAACUUGGGACCAUCCUUCCUGAAUCUGGAGGGGAGUUCGUCUACAUCCUGAGGAUAUAUGGGUCAUGCCCCGCUUUCUUUGCAGCUGUCACUUUUAUCCUGCUGGUGAAACCUUUCAGCAUCGCUGCCAUGGCCAUCAGCAUAGCAGAGUAUAGCAUGGCACCAUUUUACCCCGGCUGCCAGCCUCCUCCUCUCGCUUUAAAAUGCACCGCAGCUCUCGCCAUCCUCGUCGUUUCUUCCUUAAACAUCCUGAAUUCCCGGAUUGCUGUCAGAGUUCAAGUCAUCUUCUUAGUGGCCAAAGUUUUAGCACUGACUUUCAUUGUAAUUGGAGGAAUACUGAAGCUCAUACAGAGUAGUACCGUGUUUGUGGAAAAUUUUAAAGUAGAAAACUCAUUUAAAGAUACACAUUACUCUGUGAGCGCUUUAGGAAUGGCUUUCUAUCAGGGUCUCUGGUCUUAUGCCGGCUGGUACAACCUAAACUAUGUCACGGAGGAACUUAAAAGACCAGAGGUAAAUCUGCCCAGAGCGCUGGUGAUAGCCAUCUCUCUGGUCACUGGCAUGUAUCUGCUGGUGAAUGUUAGCUAUCUGACGGUGAUGACGCCUAGAGAGCUCAUGUCCUCCACCGCUGUAGCCGUCACCUGGGGGAAUAAGGUGUUGGGAAGUUGGGGUUGGAUCAUGUCGCUGGCUGCAGCCCUGUCUGCCUUUGGUUCCUUAAACGGGACAUUCUUCAGUGGGGGCCGAGUGUGCUUCGUGGCUGCCAGGGAGGGCCACAUGCCAGAUAUUCUCUCCAUGGCUCACGUCCACCGGCUGACUCCCUCUCCGGCUCUCAUCUUCACAACUAUUAUCUCCUUGGUUGUGCUGAUCCCCGGAGACUUUCAGAGUAUCGUCAACUACUUUAGUUUCACAGCCUGGUUUUUCUAUGGUGUCACGCUGUCUGGACUGAUUUAUCUCAAAAUAAAGAAACCAGAUCUCCCCAGACCAUACAGCGUUCCCAUUGUGCUCCCUAUACUAGUCCUGCUGGUGGCAAUUUUCCUAGUUCUGGCCCCCAUCAUAGAUCAACCUCAGAUUGAAUACCUUUAUGUGGCUUUAUUUAUUCUAAGCGGUGCAAUAAUCUAUGUACCGUUUAUACAUUUCAAGCUUUGUCCUGGAGUUUUUAAGAAGGUGACAACAUUCCUGCAGCUGUUUUUGGAGGUCGCUCCAGCAGAAAAAAACCUGUGAUUUUUAAGCCGCUGAAUGAAUCCAUAAAAGAAGCCAAUUAUGAUG